UUAGGGUGCGUUUGUUUUAAUGUUCACGAGCGUAUCAGGGUGCGUUUGUUUUAAUGUUGGCGUAUCAGGGUGCGUUUGUUUUAAUGUUCAUGUGCUUGUUAGGGUGUGUUUGUUUUAAUGUUCAUGUGCGUGUUAGGGUGUGUUUGUUUUAAUGUUCAUGUGCGUGUUAUGGUGCGUUUGUUUUAAUGUUCAUGUGCGUGUUAUGGUGCGUUUGUUUUAAUGUUCAUGUGCGUGUUAUGGUGCGUUUGUUUUAAUGUUCAUAUGCGUGUUAGGGUGUGUUUGUUUUAAUGUUGACAGGCGUGUGUUGGGGUGCGUUUCAUUUACAGACAUGAGUGUGCAGCUGUGGUGUCUGUCCUUCCGUCAGCCGUAUGCUGGUCUAAUUCUGAACGGGGUGAAGACGGUGGAGACACGCUGGCGCCCCCUGUUGGCUCCGCUGGAGAACCAGACUCUGGCGGUCCACAUUGCUUGGCGGGACUGGGAGGGUGAUGAGUGGCGGGCGGUGCUUGGCGAUGUGCUGGGAUUGACGGAGGCUCAGAUCGAGCAGAUGUUGGCGUCUUGCGAGCGUUUCGGUCGCGGUGUGGUCGCAGGACUGGUGGAUGUGGGAGGCACCUGGCAGUGCCCCGCCUCCCUGCAGGGGGAGGAGCUCCAGCGUUUGCAGCGGUCGGCCCUUGUGCUAGGUGUGCAGGAGAAAACGCUGACUCAGCUGCUGAAUCCUCGCUGGCUGAAGGAGCCGCUCAGCCUCCGCGGGGGUCGUGACCUCUGGACUGUAGAGAUCCCCGCUGAGUUGUUACCGUGACGACACAAGAUGCUGAAACGUGAGCCGGACAUCAUGUCAGACAUGUGAGGGGAUGUUUGCUUUAUUUAAACUGAGCUCAGAGGUCAAAGGGACAUUUUUGUCUCCUGACUAAAUUUCUCCGAAAUUCCAAAUAUUUUCAUUUGUUUGCAGAAAAUUAAAAAAGAAAAUCUUCAAUAUGACAAAUCAAAUCAAAGACGCAUGUGUCCACUCGUGUGUCCACUCGUGUGUCCACUCGUGUGUCCACGCGUGUGUCCACGCGUCUCUGUAUCUCUGUGAUCAGGUUCGUCACAUUCCAGAGGUUUUCAGUGGAUUCAGGUCUGGACAGGACCGGGUCAGGAUCUGCUGGACCCUCACCCACACCUGACUGUGAGACAUGGAGGUGUGAGACAGACAUGGAGCUUUGUCCUGCUGGAAAAAAACAAUGCUCAAAGCAGAAGGAAGCAAGUUCUCUUCCAGGAUAAACUUGUACGUGUCUUCAUUCAUGCGUCCAUCCUUGAUUCAUGCAUCCAUCAAAAAGAUGAUUCCAGCUUUGACGAAGAACCUCCAAAUCAUCACGAUCCUCCACCAAAUCUCACAGUGGGCGUAGUGAGAAGAGAGAAGUAGACCUUACUCCAGUCCUCUAUGGUCCUGGGUGUGUGUGUGUGUGUGUGUGUGUGUCACAAACAGAUUAAAGUUUACAGACUGGACCUUUAAUGCAGAUCAAUCAUUAACUUUAUGUUAUGUUAGUUUAUCUUUUUCAAAAUAAAAUAAAAUAAAAAUA